CGACGAUAUUGCAGCAGACGUGAUCGGGCCGCCAUGUGCCAACACGUCGGUGUACUGCACCAGGUCUGCUCUCUCCACACUCUAUGACCGGUCUCGUCACCAUCAAGACUGCGUCAAUUCUCGAGCAGUGCUCAUAUAAGCAUUGGUCAUGGCACCCAGGAAACCUCCGCCGCCCCCAGUUGUGCGUUUGACCGCCAAAGGAAUCCCGGCUAAGAAGCGUGGCCCAGCUCCAAAACCAAUAUCAGAACGUCCUUGGACGGCCCCAAAGCCUGUGAGAAGGGUCGAGCGCUCUUAUUCCAGGGAACGCAAAAUCGAGGUUAUACAAUUCCUGCUGAACCAUCGGAUUGCCGAUUAUCGUCCACGCAAGGCUCCUCGUCGUCGAAUCGGCCAACCGCCACACGAACAGGAACCCGUCCCCCAAACUGCAACCCGCGACGCCAACGGACAGCUGGUCUGGUAUCGUGCUCCUACCUACGUUGAGGCCUCGGAGUGGUGGAAGAUUCCCAUCCCAACCAUCCAAGGCUGGUGGGAUUCCCGCGAGAAAAUCCUAGAGGGCACAGGUAUUGAGCUGCCCAAAUCGAAGCCAGGUGAUUACCCGGGUUCCGAUCAGCCAAGGCCGGGAACCCGUGUUGAGUUCAUAGUUAGUCCGCAAGCACCUCAACCGGCAUCUCGAGAAGGAUCUGAACAGCCACAACCUCAACAGCAACCACAACAGCAGCCAACUGCGCCUUCGAGUGGCGGAAGUGCGAAAGGAUCUCAGCAACGCGCUACCAUGGCUGGAGAAGGGAACCGUGGCGCAGUCGCCAGGAACACUCCUGCUCGUGCCAUCUCAAUUUCGUCCGCUUCUUCCUCGCACACUGCAGCUCUAGGAACGAAUGUGAACUCGCAGGCUGCUUCAAGACCGCCCGUUGCCCAGGUGCCGCCGGCUGGGCCACACACACAAAAUACCAACGGUCCUGUCGUUGUGCAACCUGGUCAGCAACUCGAGAGACCUCCCGCCCAAUGGACAGUGAAUCAUCAUCCCUAUGUUCCUCGCCCUCCCGGGGAGCCGUCAUACUCUCAACCGCCUCAGCCGUCACAGCCUCAGCCUCCAUUUUUCAACCCCUAUCAGCCCAAACCUGACCAAAUCCCACCGCAGUAUCAUCAGUUACAGCACACGUACCCUCCGCAAGUGGCUCAUCAUCAACCGCCGCCAGGAUACCCUUAUCAGCCGGGACCGCCCGCUUUCAAUCCUCAGCAUGGCUAUGGUCAGCCUCCUCCUCCUCCUCCUCCUCCUCCUCCUCACUAUGGUCCUCCACACCAAGCUCCCCAUACGCCAGGUCCUCCUUUGGGCCACCCCGGCUACCCGCCAUAUCCCCAACCUGGCCCAGGAGGCCCAGUAUACCCACCUCAUCAAGGUGUACCAUACCAAGGAGGACCUCCGCCGCAGCCACACCCCGGAUCCUACCCGGCCCCAUACACAUAUGGUCCGCAGUUCCAGAUGCCAAUGAUAGUUCAAUUUCCUCAAUUCACGCCCUAUUAUGCAACCCCCCAGGCGCCUCCGUACGCUCAGCCUGCUGCGCUUCCUCCCAACCUUCCACCUCAACCUCCCCCGUUUGCACCGGGCGGACCGGGACAAGUUCCUGGUCCAGCACCGGGAAUGGUGCCAGUGCCACCAUUUCCAGGGUCGAGAGAGUUCAGGUCGCCCGGACCAGCUCCCCCUCAGCCUGGCCCCGGUCCUGUAAGCGUCAGUGGCAGCACCCAAUCGCCCCAGGCGGCGGCUUCCGGUGUAGCCCCGCAUCCCCCGGUCACUCCUCCGAGACAACAGCCUGCAGGACAGUCAUCGGAUGCACAAGAAGCGCAAUCCGAACCAGAUGAAGCGUCACCAGCCGGUCAGCUAUUGGCCGAGCAAGAGGCUCGGAAUACGGUGCAGGACAGCCAGAGCCAGGAACAGUCGGUUGACAAGCGACCUGCCGUGUUAGUAUCAUUUCCGGAGGCUGGAGCAGCACUGGAAGAGCCGGAUCAGGAGAUGGGCGAAGUUCGGGAUCAGGACCAGGAACAAGACCAGGAGAUGGACCAGGACCAGGAGGAGCAGAAAAAGGAGCACAAUCAGGACCAGAAUCUGGAUCAAGAGAUGGCUCAGGAGAUGGAGGAGCAUGAGGAGGAGCAGGAACACCAUUCAUCUGCAGACAUCUCCGUCAGCGAUGAAAGUGACAAGGAGGACGGUAACAACGUCUCAAGUGAAACUCAUGAAAAGCUAUGGUAUUCAUCUGUUGGAUAA